AUGGAUCCCGAUGAGAUCCAGAAGUUAGUGGACCAACUUCGACUCACGGAGGAGGUGGAGGAGACCACUGUUACCUUCUCACCAGAACUGACGGAAACCCUAACUACUGCAAUAAAGUUUCGGCUGGUGGGGAAAGUCUUCGCGGGGAAACAGAUUAAUAGAGAACUACUAAUCCAACAUUUACCCAACAUUCUUCUUUCAAAGAAUCGCAUUGAUGUGGAAAUUGUGGGCCCCAACGUUUUUGUCAUUAACUUCCACUCUUUAGAUGACAAAAGACAAGCGUUGUUUGGGGGUCCUUGGCACUUCUUCCAAGAUUUAUUACUGUUCUCUGAGAUCGAGGGUUUUCAAAACCCUUCGGAAGCAAAGUUCGAGAGGUUUUCGGGAUGGGUUCAGUGCCACAAUUUACCGGUGGCAUGCAUGCACCCGGAUGCGAUCCGGAAGAUUGGAGAGGGAAUUGGCCGUGUAGAAGAAGUGGAUCUUAAUGCGGGGCUAUGCCUGGGGCGUUUUGCAAGGGUUAGGGUUUCAUGGCCCCUCGAUAAACCUUUACAAAGAUGUGUUCGGAUUGCUCCUAAUGGUACUCAACAUGAAACUCUCAUUCUACUCCUCUAUGAAAAGUUACCUAAUUUCUGCUUCAACUGUGGGCGCAUUGGACAUGUUUUUCGUUUUUGCGGAGAACCAAAGUGCCAGGAUGGGAAGUUUAAAUAUGGCACUUGGCUUCUGGCACCAAAAGCUAAUGAAGGAAGACGUGGGAACAACUUUGGCGAACGUAAGAACUAUAGAGAGAGUACAAAUACUGAAACGAGUACUAAUGCAGAUACUCAGUUCUCGAGUGAGGAGGCGAGGAGGAAUAAGGGGAAGGUUCUGCUAGUUUCUGAACCGGAGAAGGACAAGAUGGCGGACUCUGGGAAGAUGAGUGCUGGGCUGGAUAGGGCCUUGGUGGUCAAGGGUGGGGGAGGAACACCAAGUGGGGAGGAAGUUAGGUCUAGGAGGGAGGAGGAGAGGGAGAGCGAGACUUCUAUGAACUUGGACGAACCCGGGGUUACGGUGGGGGGAGAUAAUAUUCACGAAGGGGGUCUUGUGGGAAGGGAGGUUGAGGAUGAGGGAGAGAAGAAGAAGGGGGAGGGUGGGAUCGAAGGUGGAUCAAGGAAGGUGGUUUCGUGGAAGCGACGGGCAAGAACUACUUUGAUGAGGGACACCGGUAGAGGGGGUCGAGGGGGGAGAGGAGGUCGAGGGUGGUCUGGGAUAAAGGAGGCUGGAGGAUUGCAACACAGUGAGAUAGGGAGAGAGAAGGGAGAAGGAGAGGGGGGUCAGGAGGUGGGGUCAGAGAUGGAUUUGAGGACCGGGUCGAAAAAACGUUCGGGGAGUUACGGGCUUGAGGUGGACUCGGAAACUCCCCCAUGCAAGAUUCCACGUCACAACACUCAAAACAUAUUGGCAGCACCGCCGAGCCCAAUGAAUUGCAUUGUGUGGAAUGCGCGGGGUUUGGGUUCGUCCCGAGCAUUCCAUAACCUUCGCCAGUUGGUCACUGGCGCGAAACCCACUCUUUUAUUUAUCUCGGAAACUAAAAUGAAGGCUCGUUUUUGCGAAGGGUGGAGGUGCAGGUUAGGCUUUGACGGUCAUUUCAUUGUGGACGCGGUUGGAAAAAGUGGAGGUCUGAUGUUGUUUUGGCGUGCUCCUCUGGUGGUAGAAGUGAAAAACUACUCUGCGGGGCACAUUGACUGUUGGAUAGUUGUGAAUGGAAUUAGAUGGCGGUUUACAGGCUUUUAUGGACAUCCUGAUUCCACUAAGCGUGUUCAGUCUUGGGAGCUUCUCAAGAGGUUGGGGGAGAACUCUAGAGACUAUCCGUGGUUGGUGGGAGGGGAUUUCAAUGAGAUAUUGAGUCAGAAAGAGAAGAGAGGUGGCAAGAGGAAGGCGUGGAACCAACUAGCGGGGUUUCGAAACGCUUUAGACGUGUGUGGUCUUAAGACUCUUGAGCAGAACGCUGAGUUCACCUGGUAUAAUAAUCGUAGAGGAGAUGAGGCUAUUUUUGAAUUGUUGGAUAGAUUUGUUAUCAAUGAGCAAGGUUUUGGGGUUUUCGGGGAACGUAUGGCUUCGGUUCUGGACUCGUUUGGGUCGGAUCAUCGGGCAGUGCAGUUAUCUAUUGAUGAAAAAAGAAGAGGUACUAGAGGUGGCGGGUAUAAACGGUUCUACUUCGAGCAAAAGUGGAUGUUGGAGGACUCUUUUGCGGCAGAUGUUCUUACGAAUUGGCAGAAAAGUAGAGGACACCCAAUCCAUGAGCGACUUGAUCAAUGCCGAGGGUUCUUAAGGAAGUGGGAAAGAUCAGAAUACAAAAAUCCCACCAAAAAACUGGAAGAGCUUCGAAAGGAGAGAGUCAAAAUUCUUAACAAGAUUGGCGCGAGGGGGUCGAAUUCGGAGCUUUUGGAGAUAAACAAAAAAAUUGAGAAAAUGUCUGAUGCCGAGGAAGUCCAUUGGAAACAGAGGUCUAGGGCGAAUUGGUUAAGCUUUGGAGAUCGAAAUACGAGAUACUUUCAUACCUUCGCCUCGGAUAGAAAGAGGAAGAAUAGGAUUGACGAGAUGGUGGAUUCUUUUGGGGAGAUACAAACGGAUGACGUUGAUAUUGCUCUUGUGGUCCAAGAUUAUUUCAGGGAACUUUUUACUUCCGCAAAUCCGGGACAAAAUGCUUUUACUGAGGUAACUAGUAUGAUCACCAAAAAGUUCGGAGAGGUGGAGAAAAGUAGUCUGGACGAACCUUUCACUGAGGAAGAGGUUAGACGAGCUGUAUUCCAAAUGAACGCGCAUAAGGCGCCUGGUCCGGAUGGCUUCCCUCCAGUUUUCUUCCAAAAAUACUGGGGCGAGAUUGGUCCCGCAAUUACUAGAGAUGUUCUUGGUAUUUUGAAUGGAGGAGAUGAUAUUAGGGAAUGGAACAGAACGCUUAUUGUUUUGAUUCCCAAGGUUAAGAAGCCCACUAGAGUUCGUGAGUUUCGACCCAUUAGUCUUUGCAACACUAUCUACAAGAUAGUUACGAAAGCUAUUGCGAAUCGGUUGAGGAGGGUGUUGGGAAGCGUUAUUGAUGAGACACAAAGUGCUUUCGUUCCGGGGAGACUGAUUUCAGAUAAUAUCCUGGUUGGUUAUGAAUGCAUGCACUGGUUACGCCACCAAAAGAAUGGGCAGAAGGGCUUUGCGGCAGCCAAACUCGAUAUGAGUAAGGCGUACGAUCGGGUGGAGUGGGGGUUUCUGGAGGCGAUGAUGAGUGCGAUGGGGUUCCCGACGAGGUUGAAAGAUGUGAUCAUGGGUUGUAUUACUACGGUGGAGUUUGCUUUUGUGGUGAAUAGUAGGGUGUAUGGCUCGGUGACACCUUCGAGGGGUAUUCGACAAGGAUGCCCGCUCUCACCUUUUUUGUUUGUUAUCUGUGCGCAGGGGCUUUCCGCCAUUUUACAUUAUUUUGUGGAGAGCAGACGACUUGACGGAAUCAAAAUUGCACGGACCAGCCCUACCAUCUCACAUCUCUUUUUCGCAGACGAUAGUUUGUUGUUCUUUAAUGCAAACGAGAGUGGAGCGGUUGCUGUUAAGGAGGCGUUAGAUAUGUAUUCCAAAGCGUCGGGACAGACGGUGAAUUACGAGAAGUCGGCGGUAACUUUUAGUCCUUGUACUAAGCAAAAUGAUUUGGAGGAGGUGGUUGCGGUGCUUGGGAUCAAAGAAACGCAGGGGCACUCCCUUUAUUUGGGAUUACCCACAUUCAUAGUCAAACAAAAGAGAAUGCAGUUUGAUUAUUUACGGGAGAGGGUCUGCAAGAAGUUCAGUUCAUGGAAGAAUAAAUUCUUUUCUUAUGGAGGGAAAGAGUGGGGCAAUGAGGGAGAUAGGAAGCUAAUGCACUGGUCUUCGUGGAAGAAUCUUUGCGCCCCAAAAUCCAAAGGUGGAGUGGGAUUUCGUCGUCUUGAGUCUUUUAAUAGGGCGCUUCUGGCGAAGCAGGCGUGGAGAUUGAUUAAAUUUCCGGACUCCCUAGUGGCCAGACUGCUCAGAGGUAGAUACUACAGAAAUGGCGAUUUGAUGGACGCUAUACCACCAUGCAAUGCUUCUUUCUCCUGGAGAUCGAUUUGUUGGGGAGGGGGCUUGCUACGGAAGGGUAUAAGAUGGAGAAUUGGAAACGGAACUGGGGUUCGAGCUUUUGUGGAUCCUUGGAUUCCAAUGGAGGGGGGAGGAGGACGUGGGUCGGGAAGUGAAGGUGACGAUGUGAGGGUGGCUGAUUUUUUACGCGAUGAUGGGGGCUGGAAUCAACAAAAACUUGAGUCAAGCUUCCUCCCUCAUGAAGUAGCAGCGGUUCUUAAUAUUGAUCGGGAGAGUAGGAAGGAGGAGGAUGUACGGUUUUGGAGAUUUGAUGAGAAGGGAAGGUAUACGGUGAAGUCGGGAUACCUGCUGGAGACCGGUUUUUAUGAUGGUCACGGUUCGACAUCUUCCUCGGAAACUAAACGGUGGUGGAGCCAUAUUUGGAAUAUUAAUGUUCCGCCCAAAGUGCGGGUUUUUAUGUGGAGAGCUACUUCUAAUUUUAUCCCAACUGAUGAAAACCUGAAAAAACGACAUAUUCCUUGCUCGAGUAUUUGCUCUUGGUGUCGUAGAGAUUGGGGGAAGGUUACGCAUUGCCUCAUUUUCUGUGACAAGGUUAGAGAAGCUUGGAAGAAGACAGCUUGGUGGUAUCUCUUGAAAAAUAUGGAGCAACUCACGCUCGAGGAUUUGUGCCGGAAGAUCUUAAAGGAAAAAGGAGAGGGGGAGUUUGCGCUGUUUUGCAUGGCGUUGUGGUGGACAUGGACUUGGCUCUGUAAAGUAAAGCAUGAUUCAGAGUUUAGAGGUGAGCUCGAAUUGGUGGAAGGCUGCGUGAAUCUGCUGUGCUCCUUCCAGGAAGCUCGGAAAAGUAUUUUGUCGAGAAAUAGAUGCUUGCCGAUUGAAGGGGACCGCAGGUGGAAACCUCCACCGAAGGGGAUGCUUCGGUUGGAUGUUGAUGUUUCAAUACAUGAGGAUGGAGGGGCGACUGGUGUGGGGUUUGCUGUUAGGGACGAGAUGGGGAACUUAAUCGCAGCUGCAGCGCACAGAGUGGGGCGGACGGAUACUAUCCUCAUGGGAGAGCUGCAUGCUUUGAUGCUUGGUAUUGGGUACUGUUUUGACAAAGAUUUGGGGCCGUUGCUUGUGUAUUCGGAUUCUUUGCUUGCUAUACACGUGGUUAAUGAGGAGUUUAAAGGUAUGGAUUCCCUUAGCGAUGAUUUAUUUGAGGUGUUUGUCUUUGCUAAGGAGCGUAUAGUUAGCGAUUUUCGUCAUGUUCGUAGAGAAGCCAAUAGAGUGGCUCAUUGUUUGGCAAAUUUUGCCGCGGUUUCGUCUGGUGUAAUGAUCUGGGAGUCAAGUUUUCCGGCUUGGCUCUUGGAUAUUGCUGCUCGUGAUCUUUAA